ACCUUUGCCUCUGCUGACAUAGCAAAAAGAAAGCACAACGAUGUCACAUUUGGCAAAAGCGAAGUUAGUGUUGGAAAAGGGAGAAUUGAACGAGUCCUUCAAGAUUAUUACUAAGUAUAUAGACUCACAGACUAAAGGAGAUGCCAUGAACAGUGACAGCGACCUGGCAGAUGCCUACAAUACCAGGGGUCAUAUUAGGUACCUCUGGGUGGAUUUUGAUGAGGCCAUCACUGACUAUACUGAUGCCAUUAAAAGGAAACCUGACUUUGAUGUGGCUUAUUACAACAGAGGACAAGUUCACUAUCGUUUAGGACGUUACAAAUUGGCUCAGAAGGACCUGUCACGGGCACUGGAACUAAACCCAACAUUUGAGGACGCAAGACGGAAUCUCGAUCAAGUCGAAGCAGAUAUAGAACGAGGACACAAAUUCAACACAACGGAUCAGUCUCAAGAGCCUUAAACUAUUAAUGAUGUUUUGUAUUGUUUGAUGUGCUGUUCAGCAAAGCUCACACCAACCUUUUACCAGUUGACUAAAUUGGAUGACCCUUUACCAGAUAUAAAAUGAUUUGAGCUUUUUAGUUA